AGCUCGUGGUUGUGUAUGCUUCGGCGUACGUGCUUGUGAUGACCGCCAUUGACCGGUACUUCGCCAUCUGUCGACCUCUGGUCUCUCACCAAUGGUCAUCCCGGACUGUCCACUACAUGGUAGCUAUUGCCUGGAUCAUAUCACUUAUCCUUAGUCUUCCACAAAUUUACAUAUUUUCCUACAUGGAGCGGACACCAGAAGUGUUCGACUGUUGGGCCACAUUUGACCCGUCGUGGACUUUGGAACUUUACAUUACGUUUAAUUCAGUGACCGUAUACGUCAUACCGAUCAUAAUUUUGACUUUUUGUUAUGGGCGGAUGUGCUAUGCCGUCUGGAAACGAGGCAGGGUUGGGGAACAAAUAGUAUCAUCAACAAAUAUUCAAUGGAAUCAUACAGAUAUGUCGGAGAAAGCUAAAAAUAACCAGGGAAACGACCAAGUCGGAAAGGGAGAUUUACAUGGAAGUUAUCAAUACAGGAAGGGAGGUAGUUCUGACGGCCAUAGUCGCCAUGGACAGCCAAGAGGCGCUAUACCACGUGCGAAGGUUCGCACAGUUCGACUGACACUAACAGUGGUGUUUUGUUUCUUUGUAUGUAGCUCUCCAUUCCACUUCGCUCAGCUGUGGGCUGCGUUCGACCCGUAUGCACCUUUCACUAGUUCUGCCUAUACCAUCAUUUUGUUACUAUACAGUCUCAACAGCUGUACGAAUCCUUGGAUCUACCUCGUUUUCAGUUCCCGGAUGUGGGAAUCUGUAAAGUCAUGUUCGAGACUAAGAAUGCGCAGACGCAAACAAAAAGAUGUUCCUUCGUGGUCUAUGGAGUAACUCUUACCUUCGGGCACUGGAUGUCUCGCUGUAUUC